UGGGCGUGUUCGUGGGUAUCACUCUCUAGGUGUGUAACCAAAGUUAUCUGCCGGGGCGCGAGGCAAGAGGGAGCGCUCUCGCCAAGAGAGAGCGUAGCAGUUGACACCCGGUGCUGCGAUCACCUGGUCCAUCCAACCAAGUCCGUCCAGGCAAACCCCGCUACACCCCGCAGCGCACUGCCCAGCACGGCGAUGCCCCAACCCUCCAUUGACCACGUCCGCAUCAGCCCGCCAAGGAAGCGGCUCGGCGUGCGCCACCUCCAGGCGUGCCUCAUGACCCUCGGGUCCUUCGUGGCGUACGCGCUGCGCGCCAACCUCAGCGUCGCCGUGGUCGCCAUGGUGCGGACUAGGCCGCGCAUUGAGCCAACCCUCGUCACGGUCCCCCUCAACGAGACCAGCCUCCUGAACGGCAGCGUCGUCGGCCUGGCUGGCGAAGAUGUUCGACUGGGACGAGAAGGUUCGCGGCGCGCUGCUGAGCGCCUUCUUCUGGGGCUACAUGGUCAGCCAAGUGCCGGGCGGCGUCCUGUCGCAGCAGCUCGGCGGGUCGCGCCUCCUGGCCGGCGCCCUCGUCGCCACCUCGCUGUGCACGCUGCUGCUGCCGGUGUGCGCGCUGCAGGGCGGCUGGGAGGCUGUGUUCGCCAACCGCGUGCUGCAGGGCUUCACGCAGGUCUCUCCGUCUUGCCACCGCCCUCUGGACCCGAUUCACCCGAGAUAACACACUCUGCUUCGUCGCAGGGCCCCGUCUACCCGUCCGUGUACACCCUGCUCGGCGUCUGGGUGCCUCCGCACGAGAGGGAGAUCUUCACGACGGCCGUUCUCGGAAGCACGCUGCUGGGCCCCAUGCUCGCCUCGCCCCUGUGCGGGGUCAUCGCGGCGCGCUGGGGCUGGCCCUCCAUCUUCUACUCCUUCGGCGCCCUGGGGCUGGCCACCGGUGCCCUGCUGCUGUUCCUGGGCGCGGACAGGCCAGCCAAACACUCCAGGAUUUCCGCCGAGGAGCUGGCCUACAUCGAGUCGUGCAUCGACGACGGCAAGGCGCCCCAGGUGCAGCCGCGGACGCCCUGGCUGGCCAUAGUCUCAUCGCCGUGCGUCUGGGUCUUGUGGCUGUCCCUGUCGGUGCAGGCGAUGGUCUACUUCACCUUCCUCACCAGCAUCCCGACCUACCUCCACGGCGUGCUAGGCUUCAGUCUCGAGGAGGUGAGUAAAGCUGCCCGCACGGUAGGCAACCCUUUCGACGCCUUGUUGGCGAUGCACCACCUACAGGGUACGCAAACUAUUUGGGCGAUUCCAUGCCAAACCAACGAACCCUUGGGAUUUCAUCCCUCCGAUUUUGAUGAAACUUUUGUUGGGUGUGGGAGACAUCAUAAAAAGACCCCCUGCCAAAGGGUUUUGCGAAAUCUCACCCCAUUUGGCUGUGGCAGGAUAUCAAAGUUUUAGCUUUAGUCAAAAUCAUGAUAUUUUCUUUAAUUUCCUCUUUUCUGGCUGAUUUGUUUUGGAUUUUUGUCCAUAGUGUAUUUUUACGUAAAAAGAGCUGGGGAACACGAUGAAAACGGUUUCGAGACAAUUGGGUAAAGUUUUGAUGCCAAAAUCUUCAUUUUUCGUCAUAUUUUUUCGAAAAAUUGCUAUUGCCAAAAGAGCUCAUCUUCGAUUUCGACCUAACUUUUACCAAAUGAUCUCCUAACAUAGAGGAACAAAACACUAAAAGGGUUUGGUCGGCCCGCCCAUAAGAUCUGAGAAAUCGCAGAAACAAAUUUUGAAAAAUCACCAAAAUCGUGUAUUUAAGGUGGUGGUGGUGGUGUGGGUUCUUGCCUGCGCUGCGCAGCCGGCUGUUCUGGUCAACAUCGACUUCCCCGCCUGGCGUGCGAAGGAAAACCACCCGCCAGGAGCGCCUGUGAAGCUCGGAUAGGCAACCCGCAGGCC